GUGUAGCAUACACCCGACAAUUGUAGGCACACAGCAGUCGGUGAUGAAGCUCUCACACGUGAGAUUGUUGGCCAUCGGCUGCUCUGCGAGAGCAUGGCACCGCAGUGCCCCCCUCCCAAACUCCGCUGCAUUUUCAUGCGGAGGUGGUAUCAGGUUCAGCUGGCGAGGCAACCGCUACAGCACUAGCAUGUCCCGCGGCCGACGAAGGCCGACUGCUGUGGGUACGGGGUUGGACACUGAGCUCCAAGGUUCUCAGCAGGAUGAAGUGCAAAACCGGGACGGCGAAGGAAAAUUAAAGAUAAUCUACGACGAGGUUUUCCUAAAGCACCGACCACCGCCGGGCCACCCCCACCCGGAAUGCCCCGCAAGAGUCUCCACCGCCAGGAGUGAGCUUGACCGGUUGGAGGGGAUCGAGUGGGCGACGCCCUCGUCCCUUCAAUCAGAGAAAGGAAGGGAGCGAACUUUAGCCGCGAUCGAGAGAGUGCACAACCCGGAGUAUCUGGAAGAGGUGCUGCGCGUGUGCGCCAAGGGGGGAGGGGCUGCGGACUUCGACACCUACAUUUGCCCCGAUACCUUCGAGGUGUGUAUAGCGGCGUCGUCGGCGUGGAUGGACGCGGUCGAAUCGGCAGCGGGGGGGUCGCCGGCUUUCGCUCUUGCCCGGCCUCCGGGGCACCACGCCACCGCCGGGGUUGGCAUGGGUUUCUGCCUGGUGUGCUUCGCGGCGGUGGCGGCCUUCCACGCCCUCGACGCCCUCGGGUGCGGCCGUGUGGCGAUCCUCGACUUCGACGUUCAUCACGGCAACGGCGUGGCGGCCCUGGUGAAGGGGGACGCGAGGAUACGGUACUGUUCGAUUCACCAAGGAGGCAUAUUUCCAGGGUCGGGGGGAGCGGAGGACUCAGGUCCGCUAGGAAAUCUGAAGCACCUACAAUUCUUUGGGGUGGACGAGACAUGGGAGACGUACGAGCCACGGUUUGAGGAAGCAGUCGAAUGGCUGGCAGAGUUCAUGCCGGACUUGGUUUUGGUCAGCGCAGGGUACGACGCUCUCGAAGCGGACGAGCUGGCCACUGCAAGUCUGCAGCCGAAGGACUACGGACGGAUGGGUAAGCGUCUCAAAGAGGUUUUCGGCAGCAAAGUGGCGUUCGGAUUAGAGGGCGGCUACAACUUACAGGUGACACCGGUGGCAAUUCGCGCUACUGUGGAGCCAUUCCUCUGCGCCGGAGCAUGA